UCGUGCAUGCUACGAUCAAAAUGGGCGCUUUUUGGCCAAAACUAGAACAGGGUACACAACAAACAUUUGGUGAACAGUUGUGUUCACGCACAACAAAGUAUCAGGAAUUCUUUACGUUGUUUGAAGCGUUGGAGGCAGAGUUGUCUGCAACUUCAACUUUGACGGUGCCUGAAGAAAUUCUUAAGCAGACUCUACUACUAAAAGGGAUAGAGAAAAAACUCAAUGAGUUUCUACAGGAGGUUGUAAAGAGAAAUCAACUCAUGCAGAAACUAGAUGAUCUUGAUGAGGACAAGAACAAGUUUCAUGAGCAAAUUUAUGAAGAAAACUUGCAGAUUGCUAAUCAGAAGAAUUCCGUGUUAGAGUGCACACGUGAAAUACAUGAACAGAAAACAUGCAUCCAGGAAUUGGAAUGGAAAAUGGACGAAAUAAACCACAAGACUGCUGCAGAGGCUGGAUUAAUUUGUGACUCCAAGACUCUGGAACAACAUCUUAAGAUGCAAAUCGGUGAUCUCAAGAAAGAAAUCCGUGAUACUGAUGAAAGAUUUCAAAACAUGACCAAGCAAGUGGCCAGUUGUAGGGAAACGCUUACUGAGCAUGAACUCAUACGACGGGAAGGAAUUCACUUCAAUGUCCUUGUAGUCCACAAGGAUUGUCCAGCUUCACUUUGUCAACAAAUGGGUGAAGACUUGACUGGAAGGCAUUCUAAUUACAGUUACAGCGUAUUAAGUUGGAGAGAUGCUACCCCUCCUGCAAUCAAGAAACAAAAGCCAUCUGUUGUUGUCCUGCUUUAUGGGCUUACAUCAAGUCAACAAGACCACCGAAGUUGGGAUUUCGGAUCAAUUUUAAAAUUUGACGAGAUCAUUUUCUUGCCAGUUAUGACCUAUGGUCAGUCCUCCCAGUCGCAGUCUGUACGACUUCCUAUUGUGUCCAAUGUAAGGCAAAUCCGUUCAGGUUCUUUCUUCACAUAUGAUCCUUCAGCAUCACCUAUGAGGCUCAACUGGACUCCUCAAGAAUGGAGAAACAUGAAGGAUUGUCUGAAAUUUGUACUUAAGCAAUAGAUGUAAUUGAUGGUAUUGAUUUUGAGAAACAAUGUUUGAUGUUAGUGUAGGCAUUCAACUUUCAUAGUAGCACAACUACUGUUCACUUGUUACAUUGGUAGGUAUUGUACAAUCAAUUUGUGUCACUCUUUGACAAGUUAAAAGUGUUUUCUGUCUUUGCUCGUGUGUGUGCGUGUGUGUGUGUGUGUGUGUGU